UCCUUAUCAACCGGACUAAUCGAAUACCUGUUACCCCAAUGACGGAAAGACAACCUAUUGGCGCCAACUCACAUUGCAUUUACCAAUUUACUUGUAGUUGUGGUAUACACUACAUCGGCCGUACCAAUCGAUCGUUGAAUUCCAGAAUAAGGGAACAUGUACCUAAAUGGUUGCAGCGUCAAAUCACCCAGUCCUCGGUUGCUCAUACCAUCUGUUCACGUAAACCACCUGCUUCAUCCAUAGGUAGGCAUUUACUGGCCACCUGUCACCAGUUUGAUCCGGCCACAAUGUUUACAAUCGUGUUAAGACAUACUAACACCCGUUUCCUACGUUUUGCAGAGGCAGUCGCGAUCAGCCGUAUCAAACCCGCACUCUGUGUGCAGAAACAGUUGUUCGUAAGCCUACGGCUGCCCUGGGCGUAGGGGUGUCACGCCUGCCCCUCUACCCUGUUCUAACUUGUUCCGGUCUCACCCUACCUGUCGUCUUAUAUAUUUUCAUGUUAUUGUGUUGGCACUGAAGAGACAAUACGAAAUGUUGACAUCUGCCAGUGUUCGUCUUCUUACGGCAUUAUUCAAAUUACUAAAGGGAUCUAAUUG